UUGACGCUUCUCUGUGCUUUGACAGCGUGCAUGUCCAGUCGGCACUGGUCGAUACACAGCUGGUUUCUCGACCCUGCAAUUCCGAGUUUCGCCGCCUUCUUGACAUGCUAGACACAAUGUUGAUGGAGAAGAAGGCGACUUUUUCUCGAAACUUGAGCUCGAAGGAUCUCCGCAAUGUUUUAUCUUCCAUCGCUGCACUCGCUUUCAACUGGACUCCACCGCUGUUCUCCGAGUCACACGAAAGUCCACCUUUUCUCGAGUUGAGCCGGCUUUUCGCAUUCCGGCAGCGCUCGUCGAUGCAGCGGCGAAAAAGCCGUUGAGAGUUCGUGGUUUUGGUUUGAGGAUGUCAUGGCCGUUAGCACCUCGAGUCACUUUUCACUUCACGUCAAGUUCUUUGUCGCGUUUCUCCUGUUUCUGUGCACACGCAGCUUCCGUGCUAGCUUUUUCGAGCAAGGCGUCUCGGUGGUUUGCGCUGAGAUGAAUGGUCCGGAUCACCAGCCGGUUUCGCCAGUCUCGCAGAGUGACCUUUCCCGGGUAGACAGCGAAACGAACACUUUCCAGUCUUUGCUGCUGCUGAAGUCUACUCCUUUCCGAGACGCUGCAGAGGCGCUGACCCUCGCCGUCCACUCUGCGUUCCUUGAUCGCGGUUUCCUUCCGGUGAAGAGCGCCGCCCGCGCCGAGCAGAGCUGCAGGUCUUCCCAAAAACGCUGUUCUGAACUUAGCACGCCGUCGGGAGAGUUUGUCCGUCUGCCGGACGGCCGCGUCGCCCGCGUCGUUUAUGACCCGGCAGACUUUCCUCCGGAAGAAACGAACCGCUCUUUCUUCACAGUCACUAUCCUGUACGCCCGCCCGCACACGACGCUGGAAACGCAGACAGGGAAGAAGCCGGACGCUCUUGUGCAGGUGAAGUGCACCGUCGUUGGCCACAGUCUGGAAGUAACCGUUUCUGACGGAACUCAAGAGGGAGUCCUGACGGCAGAGUUUCCUCUUGAGGCUGCGGAGCCGAUUCUGGAGCUCGACUCGCGACGAACGGAACGAAAGGUCGUGCUCUCUGCCGACACUGGCGAAGGCUCAGACGCUCCAGAAGAAGAAACAGCGGCGCUUCGCUCAACGAUCAAAAGUCUCCACGCCUCCAUCGAAGAGGGAUUGGUCGCAGCUGUUGUGCGCGCCUACAUGAGGUCUGGAAAGAUGGAUCCCUCGGAUUGUCCGUCUCACGCACAAGCGGGUUCAUCUGCACCCCCGCUUUCGCCUACCGGGCCUGAACCUCUCUCCUGCGGCACCGACUCUGUCCGCUCGCCUCUGCCUCCGCAAGGCCCUCGUGUCGGGGGUCAGGACUUGCGGCCUCCAGGCAUUCCGGACUUGACGCGACGACCAGAGGAAGACGCCUUCGUAGGUCCCGACCGAGGCGAAGGGGGAACGCAUGUCGGGCCGCGCCACCCGUUCUUCAGCGGAGGCAACAGACAAGGCUCUCACCCCUACCCCACACCCCCACUGCCUCCAGGAUUCGUCCCCGGGACAAGCUACGACCCCAUCGGGCCUUUCGGCGUGGAGCCCAAUCCCGAUCACGAGCGUCCGCAGCGGUGGGACAAUCGCGGCGACGUCCUCCCGUCUCCGGGGGGCGCGGGAUUCUUGGGCGGCCCAGUUAAUUUCGGAGGAGGCAGGUGGGGAGGAGGCGGCGGCGGCGGCUUCGGAGGCGGCGGCUUUGGAGGGGGGAUAAUCUGAGUUAAGGACUUAAUUUGAGUUAAGGACUUUCUGUUCCACUGGGAAAGGUGCCUUUAGACGCGUACGGAGAGAGGGUGCUACGCACUCUCACACGCCACAGAGAGAGGAGAGCAGGACGCCUGAAGAGAACAAGGAGGGACGGGGGGUGCAGUUUCGCUAGAGUGACUGUGCAUGUACAUUUUGUGGGUCUCAAAGGUGAAAGGAAACUUCAUAAGGCGGCGCCUGUCAGCAGCUGAGACAAAAGGAGAUGUGGACGAGGCCGCGAUACUGUUUUGGGGGACGCGGAACACGGACGGUGAAGGGAGCGCAUUCGCGUCUGAAAGUCUUUAGAAGCGUUUCGGAAUGACCGGAGAGACCCGCAGUGAAGACACCCGCACAUACAGAACAGCUCGGCUGGUUCUUUGAGCGAAACGAGACAACCGAUGCUGGGUUCAAGGUUUUUCUCUGUUUGACGAGAAAUGGAAACGGAAAUGUUUAGGCAAAAGGCUACACUAUGGUGAUACGUGGGAACAAACGCAGAAGAAAUGUGUUUCUGUGUGUGUAUCGCGGGUGGUGGCGGGUCGGACCCCGUGCCUGUGUGUAGCUGUAGAUGGUUGAGAAAAGACAGGUUUCUGUGAAAUUUCAUCGAAGGAAAUGGAGGGUUUCAAUCUCUUAUCUCGUGAUCAUGACUGUAGCAUCUCUCGUGGGCAAAAGACGGUGUCUCGUCUUGCUCUGCUCUGCGAAUGUCGACGUUGUUAGGCCCCUGCAUCACACGUCGCUCCCGCGUUUUGCUGCAGUAAAGUAUGCUGUGCUUGCAUCUACAAUUUUUUACAGAAAUAUGAGCACAUGUUUCGACUCGAGCUCCAGCAGAAACGGUGAAUUCGGUAAAGUGGCAAAGAUGGCAAGUUGAAAAAACACUGGCCUCAGACGGAAGCACGGCUCAGGGACCGGGACACCAGCCAGGGAAAAUGCGAAUCGCCUUCUCGUCAGUUUGUUAGAUUGGAGAUGCACAUGCGGAUGUACAUCUGUGGGGACUCCUCCUCGAAGAAUUUCUGAUAUGUUAGAAGCUCCUGCAAGAUAAAACAUGAACAGACAGACGAAAACAUGAAGCGGAAUCGUACACCUCUGACUGCUGCAUUCUGCGUGCCGUGAACUCACACAGAAUAAGACAUCGGGGAGACAUGAUAGGGGGUUCGACUGUCGGAUUUCACAGAACGGACGGAUACAACCGGAUCUUCCCUCUUGUUUUUAAGCUCUAGAAUAUCGGAGGUGAAACGGCUUCAUACCAGGGUCCUAUCCUUUCAGAUGUUGAAUGUGCGUGUGUGUUGCUGCAUGCCACAAAGUUGUUGGGUUGACAGUUCUGUAUUCGUAAAACACAUGAUCUCUGCACGCCGUACUAGCAUCUUGCUUUCCGUAAACAGACCCAAGCGCUC